ACACGGCUCCAGUGGGAGGUCUGUUGGGGGAGAUAGAGGUGCGGAGUCUGUGGCUCAUCGCUUCACUGUGCUAACAAAAAAGUUGCAAGUCGAGCUGUGGAUCAACGCAUCUCUGGGUCGUGGCUCCCCGUGCGUAAUUGCGCGCCUCCACCGGUUCCAAACCCCGCACGCUGCGAGGCUUUUGUGCCAUCUCUCCGUCCCACCGCCAUGGACGGGGAUAGCAGCGCGUUGCCCGACUUGAAGGAUAUAGAGACCAAGCUGGGUCGCAAAGUGCCGGACAGUCUCAUUCGCUCUCUCGUCGGAGGAAAACAUCACGAGAAGACCGCGUCGCCGCAUCUAGCCAACUACAGCAAGUGCUGUGCCAACUCUGGAGACUUGAAGCGCCUGGAGAGCAAAAUGCAAUUCCUCAAACAAGAAAUGGCCCACCUACGAGCCAUCGACGUGAAGCUGAUGCAGCAGCUCCUGUCCAUCAACGAGGGCAUCGAGUCCCUCCGCUGGAUCAUCGAGGACAAGGGGGGCGCCGCCAGCCAGGACGGCAGCCUGACGGGCAGCUUGUACAGCCUGUCGGACAGCCAGGACGGCACGUCGCUGCGCGGCAGCUUCAACAGCCUGAACGACGGCAACAGCGACGACCUGGACGGCCUGUCGGUCGGCAGCUACCUGGACACGCUAGCGGAGGAUCUCCCCGAGGACCCGUCGCCCUCGGACCUCGACUGCUUCGUGGAGAAAACUGUAAUCGACGGCGACGCCUUCAGCAAGUCGCCGCUGAAACUCCGGGUGGAGUCGGACGAAUACUACUGCUUUGGAUAACGCUGCUUUUGUUAAACGCGGCGUUCAAAGACUAAAGUUGUCGUGUUGUUUUUUCCCCCACACGCGUCACAUUUUUUCUAAUAUCUUACCAAAUAAGUCAUUUUUGAUCUUUACAUUGAAACCAGCUUCCUCACGUUGCCGAUUUGUCACACCUCAUCAAACCUUUGCCACCUGCUGCAUCCACACGACUACGUUUCAAAUGUUAUAACUCUGCCACUGAAGGGCCUGUCGCUUGAAAACCAUGAAGUAGACACUCGCAACCUCGUGCUGAUUGGGUCGUUUGGAGUCGCGAUAUAGCCUUCGCUGAUUCGUCUGGCUCCAGCCCACUUCUGAAAACGCAGCAGUGUGGAUGUCGCCUUAAUGUCCAAAUGCAAGUUAACAUGCUGUCACUGUUCCUUAAUGUCUUAAUUUUUUUUUAAAUUAUUCAGAUUGAUUAAACCAAAAAAGGUGCAGAGAGAACCGGAAGUUAGCUAAAACCUCAGGAGUUUAUUUUCCUCCUAGCCGAGGGAGGAUUGAAGCAGUUUCCUUCUCGACCUGUGAACCAUUCGACCGGUGUGAUCGUGCCGUGACGUCCACCGCAAUCACCAGAUCUGAGUCAAGGAGUAGAUUAGGAUUUAGCAGCCAUUUGGAAAAUUGGAUGUUUCGUGCCGAGCCUGGAAGAAAACCUCGAGAGCCUCCGAGUGGCAAAGUGGUCGGUUCAAGUGUUACAGCAAGUGCAAUUUGUUCCAACGCCAAACGCCCGAGCACCGCCUACUGUGUGUGUUGAGCUUUUCAUUGUUUUGCACCUCAUUGUUUUUGACUGAUGCAAGUGCCCUAAGCUGAGCCGCGGCACUCGGCAAGUGGAGAAUUCACGACAAGAAGUCCUACACACGGGAGAUUAGUUGCACAUUGAGAAGCACAGAUGCUUGACUGAAGAAAAAAAACAAAACACAAAGCAGUUUCAUUGUCUUGGUAGAUCAUUUAGGCCUGAGGCAAAAACCCCUGUUAACACCAGAUGGGAGAUUUGCUGAUGGCGGACAGAAAAGAAACACAUGUUUGCUGUGGGCACAUUUUUAAAUCCCCGGUUGUUCAAAAAAAGUUUUAAUGAGAGCUUUACAUCGCUGUGCUUAAGUGUGUUGUUUUGGGUUUUUAACUCCCAAAUGUGUUGAUUUGUGUGUAUUUGUAACGCUGCCUGCUUUGGAAAUGUCUUUAUUGACUGCUGAUGAUUUUGUCUGUUGUCAGAAAUGAAAUAAUAAUAUAUUGUAACUCGUCUCUCGGCU